CCAGGCGGCUCAUGGCCCCAAGAACGGGGCCCUUCCCCCCCCUGCAAGCUGGAAGUCUCCAAUUCUCAACUGCUGCAAGCCGCUUCCUAGCCCGGAGGCCGCCCUCCUUGAGCGACAACAGACGCGGCGGGGGAUCAAAGUGCAGGUUCCGUCACUGUGAAAAAGCCAUUGGCAGUGAUAUUGUGUGCUCAUUAUGGAGAGAGGGAAAAUGUUCCCAUCAACUUUGCAAAUUUAGACAUAUGGAAAUACAGCAAAAAUACAACAGCAUCUCAUGCUUCUGGGAAACGCAACCUUUAGGCUGUGUGAGGAUCAGUUGUGUCUUCCAUCACAGGAAACCUCGUAAUAUCAAUGGACUUUUUUUGCCCCCUAGUAAUGAUUCUACAUUGCAAGGGGAUGUUCAGGAAGGAAUUUUUCAUCCUGCUCAAAAUCAAGAUUCCACAAAAGGUCAGGAGAAUGCAUUAAGGCCUAUUCAUCCUCCACUUAUUAUUACCAUCAAUCUUGAGGAGGAAGAAGAGGAAGAACAAGAAGAAAAAUAUGCAUCUUAUUUACUGUCAAAGACACCAGAAGAUAUAGAAGAAGAAAAGGCAAUAAAGGAAAUGUGCUAUAAAUCUGGAGAAUAUUAUAGAAUUCAGACUUCUCAGGAAAAUAAUUUAACAAAAAAUUCUUCAGUGCUGGAGAAUGAGCUCAUUAAACCUAUGGAAACAUGCAGAGAAUUACAAGAAGGUGAUGGUGUUGCAGUUCCAUCAAAGUUUAACAUUAUAGAAAGACAAACAAAAAUAACAGCCUCAGUGGACAGUUGCUCUAAAUCUGAACUUAGUGCCUUUGAAAAUGGAGGAGGUGAUUGUUACUUGUCACAAAGAAAUAUAUUUGUUAAAGGGAUACAAAACAAAAUGUUCAAUGGAGAGAAACAAUUUACCAUGUUAAAGUGCUUAAACGUCAAAGCUACAAGCCAUACAGAAAGCAUCAAGAAGCAUCAUUUUAAGGGAGUAAAGAAAAAGAAAUGGCUAUCUGAGGAAUCCAAAAAUCUGCCUGCCCCUUUGACAGCAAAAGCAAUGCAUACUGCCAACUCUAAAAGUAAAGGGAAUUGCCAACAAAAUGAUCAAAUCAAGAAUGCUGAGAAUGCCUCUUAUGUUCCUUCUCAGAGAGCCAAUGGGAGAAGUAUUUCCUUGAGUGCUCCAAUGGCUGGAAGGUCACAAAAUGUCACCUAUGCUAAAAUUGGGGUAGCCAAAGAAUCCAAAAUGAAUUUAUCUACAGAGAGGUGUGCUUCAGCGUAUAAUAUACCAGCCUGGAGAAAAAGAAGCCCGCAUUCUAAAAUAUAUACUAAACCUGAAAAAAUGCAUUCAGGUAUUUAUAAGAGCCCAGAAGAAAUGGAAGUAGAUAAAAUGGAAGUUAAUUUUAAAGAGAGGAAAGAGGGAAUAAAGAAAUGGUAUAUUGCUCUUCUAUGGUUCGCCAUCAAAAGAGGACAAAAUAUUCAAAUUCAAAUGAUUUCGUUAUCAGGAAAUCCAACUGGAGAUCUAAGGUGACAAAAACAUUCUAAAAUUCAGGAAGUAUAUGCGCUAAAACAUUUACAUUAAAAUAUGUAAACAAGCCUAUUUCUGAAUCAAUUGUUUUAACAUGAACCUGGACUGAAAGAUUUACUGUUUGGGAGUAAAUAUAGGCAUGCUUCAUAAGUGCUUUGGAUCCCAUAUGAGAGCAAGCGCAUCUCUAUUAUUCAAUAAAGCCAUUUAUUUUCCAGUCUUUUGUCAAAAUCUGAACAAAGUUGAACUAAUUUGUUGAAUAGCAGAGAGUACUGGGCUCUUUCUUAAUCACUUUUGAAAGCAUGCACAA